GUGAGGAGUGGAGAGAGCAUGAAGUUUUUCACUGAACUCUGCAGUUUUAGCACGAUGACAUCUCCAGUCUUUUCCUUCUAUCUCGUGUGUUUGCUCUUGGGGAAGAUGGCUCAGGCGACUCAUCAGACAUUCUCCUCGUCUUAUCGUCAAGAGAGGAAUUUUGUAUCAGCUAAUGUUGGUGAAAGCUUUAUUUUACAGUGUUUCUAUGAACAUGAUGACGAUUUAACAAAGAUUUACUGGUACAAGCAAAGCCUGGGAUACCAGCCAAACCUCAUCUCCACCCUGUAUGUGUUUAGUAAAAGUGCCACUUUUCAUGAUGAAUUUGAGAACAAUUCACGCUUCUCACUGGAUACAGAAACUGGUAAAAAUCACUUGAAGAUCUCAGAUUUGCAAAUUUCAGACUCAGCUGCUUACUACUGCACAAGUCGUUAUGCAUACAGAUUUGAAUUUGAAGAAGGCAUUAUUGUGAGUGUAAAGGGUUCAGGUGUGAACAUCCCAGCUUUGGUCCAUCAGUCAGCAUCUGACACCAUCCAGCCAGGAGGCUCUGUGACUCUGAACUGUACAGUACACACUGGGACCUGUGAUGGAGAACACAGUGUUUACUGGUUCAAACACUCUGAAGAACCUCAUCCAGGACUCAUUUACACCCAUGGAGGCAGGAAUGAUCAGUGUGAGAGGAAACCCGACACACAAACACACACCUGUGUCUACAACUUGCCAAUGAAGAGCCUGAAUCCGCCUCAUGCUGGGAUCUACUACUGUGCUGUUGUCUCAUGUGGACACAUCGUGUUUGGAAACGGGACCAAGCUGGACUUUGAAGGAUCUGCAGAUGAGGUGGAGUCAUUUGUGUUGGUGUAUGUCUUGAUUGGAGCUCUGGCAUUCACCACCAUCCUGGUUGCUUUACUGCUGUUCCUGAUAUGUGUGAUUAUCAAGUGUGCAGAGUCUCAGGCGAGAUUUUCAACUCCUUCCACAGCAAAUGCAGAGGGUUACGGACAUGCAGACAACCUCCUGUAUGCUGCUACAAGUGUCAGCCUGCCCAACAGAUCAAGAAGACAGCAGAAUAAUGCUGAGAAUGAAUGCUUGUACUCCAGUGUGAAACGGUAGAACUGGACACAGCAAAUAAGAUGGCAAAUUGUUGGAAUAUCUUUGAUCAUUUUAAGAUUAGGAUAUUUAAAAUAAUGCUGUUUCGUUUCUGGGAACACCACAAAAACAUUUAACCCGAGCAGCCGCGUCAUGUCACUCGUCCCAGCCACAUGUAUUCGUAUAAGCAUGAUUAAAAAUGCAGAGCCACGAGGGACGCUGACACACUCGUUAAAAAGAAGAUGAUGUGCUCUGACUGGUGUGCACGGACAGUCCAGAGGGAGCUGUUAAUGGGGGGAGAUGUCAUUUCUCAUGCGACUGUGUGAAAUGUCUUCAAUACGUCCGUCGCCAUCACGCCUGUUGAUUCACAGUAGAAACUGUAGAGAACAUUUAGUCAAAACAAGUUUGAUGAUGAGCAGUUUGGUGCUGACGGACAAAGUUUAACGAGUGGUUCUGCAGUGCAUAGUGGCGCCUUGACAGUGUGCAACAUCGCCCCACCUCAGCACACCUGAGCAGAGCUGGUUGUCUGUAGGGUGUCUCUAGCAUUACUUUUCUUGUGAGAAAAAAACAUUAAAAUCCCAACAUAAUAUUAUUUUAAAGAUAAAGAUCAUCUCAGUCUAUAAUGACCAUGAUUUAUUUACUAAUAAUUGCUAUAAUUUGUCCUCUUUCCUUUAUGUUUUAAACCUAAUUGUGUGCA